GGGCUCGGGCCUGGCCCCGGUGCGGGGCCGAGGGUUUCCCGGCGGAAAGCCGCGGGGCGCGGCCCCCUGCGCGGAACGGCUGUCGGGCAUCGUGGCGUGGCGGGCUCCUUUGCCGCCGGUAGCGGCAGCGCCUGGCUCGGCAUUGGUGCGGCGGGUGCCCCCGACACGGUGCUGGGCAGCCGGCGGGGCCUGCCACCGUGCAGCGCUCCGUGCUGCCGCUUGAGAACGAACGGAAUCGUUACUCUGAGGCUUAAGCCUGUUCCAUUGGCGUGUUAGCGAAACGCUGAUUUUCUUGUAAAGUCGCUUUUGUUACAAAUACCCACAAAAGUGGAAGAAUACGACAAGAGAUGAGGUCCAGUAUCAGACUUUGGGAAUCCAGUGUAGAUAGGCCUCCCCCAGGCUUGAAACCAACUAACCAUCCUUAAGCUACUUUGGGUGUAGUUUGGGUUUUUUUUUCUGCCUGUACAAAUGGUGGUACAAACUGCUUUGGGAGCACCGUGCCUUCUUAUAUAGAAGAGCUCCUGGGGAAUUUAGUGUUUAGAUCUGUUUUCAGGCUCCAGGUUCUUCUUUGCAGGCUUACAGCUGUAAGUCUGCAAAACUAAAAGAGAACUUAAAAAGAAAUGUACACGUUCCGUAUACUUUGUAUCCAAGUUUGAUUUGCUCAACUGUUUAACUCAGAAGUGGCAGCUUGAAACAUGGAGGCCAUUAGUUUGAAUUAGUUAGAAACAAACUUUGAACUGUUCUUUGUUCUAAGUUUAAACACAGAUGAGUGACAAAAGCAGCAAAUAGUUAUGUUUUGAAGAAUAAAUCAGAUAUAGGAAUUCCCCGUUGGAUUUGCUGUGUUACUGUGAUUUGGUAAAAUCUGUGUCAUGUCAUAUAUAAAUCACAAAAAGAUGGCUUUUUCCUCUUAACCUAACUGUUGACCAUGCAUUUUGGUUAGAAUGUUGGUGGCUAAUAGAAUGGUUUCCUAGUGCACAUCCAAUAGAAAAUCAGGAAGAGGAGGCUGGAUUCAGGAUCUGAGCUGCCACAUUGCUGCCAUGCCACAGGAACUUCAGUGAUUCUGGACCACUGUUGCUGAAAUGAUAUUACAAAAAGCAGCUAUCACAUUGUGUUUGUUGGAUGAAACCCAAAUAUUUUCUUUCAGUCAAGUGGGUAAAAACCCCUAACUGCAGUUUACAUGUGUAGGUCACUGCGUUACCUUGUUAGUCAUUGUCUCUAUGCAGCAAUGACAAGGCUAGAAGAAGCAAACAGAGAAGCGAAUAUGCAUUCAUCAGUCAGAUACCUUGGCUAUCUUGCCAGAAUCAACUUACUGGUUGCCAUUUGUAUGGGCCUUUAUGUCAGGUGGGAAAAAACUGCAGACGCGCUGAUUUUGGUAAUAUUUAUUCUUGGACUUUUUGUUCUUGGAAUUGCCAGCAUACUGUACUACUAUUUUUCAAUGGAAACAGCAAGUUUGAGUCUCUCCAAUCUUUGGUUUGGUUUUUUGCUUGGCCUUCUCUGUUUUCUCAAUAAUUCUGCCUUCAAAGAUGAUGUGAAAGAAGAAGCUACUAAAUAUCUACUCCUUUCUGCCAUUGUUUUAAGGGUAUUAUGUUCUUUGGUUGAGAGGAUUUGUGGAUGUAUCCAUCAUCGACCGACUCUGCUGACAACAGUUGAAUUUUUGGAGCUAGUUGGAUUUGCAAUUGCCAGCACAACUAUGCUGGUAGAAAAAUCUAUGAGUAUUAUUCUGUUGGCUAUGGCUUUGGCCAUGUUGAUUAUUGACUUACGUAUGAAAUCUUUUUUGGCGAUUCCAAACUUGGCAAUUUUUGGAGCCAUUGCAUCCUUACUCUUUUUUCCAUCACUGCGAAUUCCCACAAACCCGUUUGCCUUGGCCUGUUUCUUCAGCUGCCUGAUUUCGGAUCCCCUCCUCGAUGUCUACUUCAGUGGACUUUCGGUUACAGAACGAUGGAAGCCCUACCUGUACCGUGGUAAAAUUUGCAGAAGGCUUUCUGUCAUCUCAGUUGGAGUCAUCGAACUAAUCUUUUUCAUUCUUGCUGCCUUCAAGCUACGUGAUUUGGAUCUCUGGUACUUCGUGAUACCCGGUUUUUCUAUCUUUGGAAUUUUUUGGAUGAUCUGUCAUGUGAUUUUUUUUAUAACUCUUUGGGGAUUUCACACAAAAUUAAAUGACUGUCAUAAAGUAUACUAUACCCAUUGUGCAGAAAACAACAGCCUUGAUAGAGUUAUGGCAUCGAAAGGAAUGCGUCACUUCUGUUUGAUUUCAAAACAGCUAGUAUUUUUCAGCCUUCUCGCAACUGCUGUUUUGGGAGCAGUUUCUUGGCAACCAACCAAUGGGAUCUUCAUGAGUGCGUUUCUCAUUGUUCUGCCUCUGGAGUCCAUGGCUCAUGGGCUAUUCCACGAGUUGGGAAACUGUCUGGGAGGAACGUGUGUUGGGUAUGCUGUUGUGAUUCCCACCAACUUCUGCAGUCCUGAUGGCCAGCCAACUCUUCUUCCACCUGAUCACGUGCAUGAGUUAAACCUGAGAUCUACAGGCAUGCUUAAUGCCAUCCAAAGAUUUUUUGCGUAUCACAUGAUUGAGACAUAUGGUUGUGACUACUCUACAAGUGGGCUGUCCUUUGAUACCCUUCACUCCAAGAUCAAGUCUUUUCUUGAGCUUCGGACCGCAGAUGGACCCAGACAUGAUACCUAUAUUUUGUAUUACAGUGGUCACUCACAUGGCUCUGGUGAAUGGGCACUGGCAGGAGGUGAUGCUUUACGACUUGACACGCUUUUGGAGUGGUGGAGAGAAAAGAACGGCAAUUUUUGUUCUCGACUCAUCAUUGUUCUAGACUGUGAGAACUCUCAGCCUUGGGUUAAAGAAGUAAGAAAAGUAAACGACCAGUAUGUCGCAGUGCAAGGAGCAGAGAUGGCCAGAGUUGUAGACAUUGAGGAAGCAGACCCUCCACAGCUUGGAGACUUCACCAGGCAAUGGGUUGAGUACAACUGUAACCCUGACAGUAAUAUCAGCUGGUCGGAAAAGGGACGUGCAGUGAAAGCAGUGUAUGGCGUGUCGAAGCGCUGGAGUGACUAUACUCUGCACUUGCCAACGGGAAGUGAUGUUGCCAAACACUGGAUGAUGUAUUUCCCACGUGUUACCUAUCCAUUAGUGCAUUUGGCAAACUGGUUUUGCGGUCUCAAUAUGUUCUGGGUCUGUAAAGCGUGUUUUAGGUGCUUGAAAAGGUUGAAAAUGAGUUGGUUUCUUCCCACAGUGUUGGACACAGGACAGGGUUUCAAACUCGUCAAAUCGUGAUUAGGAACCAAAGAGGAAAUGAAGUGAGGGCUCUGGGAACUUCCUCACUUUAGAGUACUUACAGUUAUUUUAUAUGACUCUUUUCUUUGAAAAAAUCUGCUGCACUCACUUUGUUCAGCUCUUUGAGCAGCUACAGUAUAUGCAACAGUUAGAAACUGCAGUCUUAAACAGAAGAGGGUAGGACUAUAAUAUUUGCGUUUUGUUACUGGACUGUAUGUACAUAUGUAAGAGACUUAAUAAGACCACGCAUUUUGGCAACAGUUUGUAUGUUCAUAUGUGCUACUUAAAGCAGCCUUUGUUCAGAAUUACCAGCGUGAAAGACAACGGCUCAUAUGAAUGUUAGAGCGUGCUUAUUUGUUAUUUAUAUCACUGUAAGAUCCAACUACAGGAAAGGAAGCAAGCUAAUAUUUAAAUCAAUUUAUAUGUCCUUGAAGUUAUUUGGUGGGUUCGAGGAUAUUAUAGCACUGAGCCAAAAAUUAAAAGAGAAGAAUGAAAAAUCAUUGCAGGUAAGUAGUAAGAAUCUUUAGUUUUAUUUUCUUUUAUAUCUUCAGCUCCUGCCAGAUUCUCUACUGCCAUCAGUGGAAAUUUGCCACAGGAAACAAGGAAAUCAGAUAACCUCGUGAUGUUCCAGUGGAAUAAAAAGUGCACCGAGAGGUUUUUCCUCACAGGCCGGGGUGGUGCUGUGUUUUUCAGGCUCAGACUUGUUUGUAUUUUUGAAAAACUACUCUGAAGAAAAUAAAACUGGGGAGGAAGCAAACUCCGAGUAAUUUAACCAAGAAAAUAGUCUAUAGAUAAUAAGUGGAAGUACAAGUGCUGCCUUGCUUCCACAUUUAUCUGUGCCUAAAACCUCAGUCCUGUAAAAUGUUGAGUCCAGGAUCAGACCAAUAAUGAUCUCACCCCAAAACCUAUCAGUCAAAACCAUGAGCAAGCAGUUUGUCAGAAAGAUUAUUCCCUUAAGCCAGCACCGAAUCUUGAAUAUUCCUUAACUCUGUUUUCCCAGCCACAACGUUGUGGUCUUAAUCCUUCCUGUUACAGAAUUGGAUGGGACUCCAGAAAUUCUGCCCCAAUGCCUCUCAGAGGAGCUGUGUAGCUUUUUGGUCUCAUUUGCGUAAGUACGGUAAAUCAGGAGUUAAAUGACUAAGCCACUAAGAUAGUAAAACUGUUGGUGGUGCACACGUGUGUACAAUCCAGAGUAACUGGAGGUCUCUUUUUUUUCCAUCAGUGUUUUAAUAAAAAUUUCAGGUGGUUGCUGGUAUUUAUCUAAAGUAUAGCAAUCAUAUUUUUUAUUUAAAUACGUAUUUUUGGGAGCUCUGUCUUUGUUUUCAAGGGCUUUUCUAAUUCCAUCUGACCUUCUCAGGCAGAGAUUCUGCUAACUGAUACCUAUUAGUAACUCAUGAAAAUAAAAUGUUAUCAAAAUAGGAGAUCUGAAGUAGCCACAGUAAUUUGCACCCACCAACUUCCAGGUGGUGAUUUUGCAGAUUUACAAGUGGAAGCUACUAAGUUUCUUCAUUACUGUGUACUGCACAACUUGUUUAGUGAGAAAACACUCCCUUGCCCCCCAUUUUGCUGCUUCUCCAUUGCCUUUCAUAAAGUGAAAAAUGGAUAAAGGAAUUAGAUGUGAAAUUUGACAUCCUACCAAGGCUCAGUCCCACUGACCCUUCUUUGGGUAAGAACCGUGACUGGAACUCUGUCACGGAUGCCAGAGGGGUGAACAGAGAGUAAUGGCACCAUCUCACUUCAGGUUCCUGAAGUGGGAGCCUGGGGUAGGUGUCAUCUCACUUAAAUUGUCUGAAAGUGAGAUGUGAAUCUGUGCUAGUGAUCUGCACUGCUCAUUAACAAGGAGAAAUAAAUGUUCCUGGAGGAAGACUCAUUUCAUCUAUUUUAGGAUGAAGCAAAUUUUCCACUGGUUGUGCCUAAUAGUUUUGUCUUGUUUUUUACUUUCACAUGCCAAAGGUCAAGCAGGCAAAUCCCUUACUUAUGUUAAAUAACCUUAGAGCACUUCUGUUGUAAGUCAUCCUCGGGAGCCUCGCUGGGUACAUUAGCUCCUCACGCACCUAACUUGGAUACUUACAAUUAGGCUGAACUAGCAUCCGUCAAGUACCAGAAAAGAAGCACUACCUCUUCUGCAGAAGCCUUUCUCAGUCAUACCUUUGAGUACAGAGAAAAGAAGUUUGCAAUAAGGCGAUUACUUGGCUUGUAAACUAUCAUUAUUUCAGUAAAGCUCAUCUGAUUGCUUCACAAACUGUUCCAAGUAGAGCGUUAAUUAAGAUGAAGUUUUUAACGCAGUUCCUUUAAAGCAAUACUGUAAUAGUUGAUAGUUAGCCUGUAAACAUUUGAAAAUCAAGACAUUAGUCCUUUCUAUUUUGGAAGAGUUUUGAACAUCAACACUUCUGCUGAUUACAAAGGAUGCAUCUUAUUUUGUUUGUACCACUGUUACAGUGUUAAGACUGUCAACCUGUAUCUUUCUACAAGAGGGACAGGAAAGCUUGGGAUUUCUGACCUAUCCUGGAUCUCUGAGUAGCCUAAAGUGAAAGAUACAUUCUGUAACAGUGACACGCCUAUUUUUGUACAGAACAAAGAACACUUGGUGCUGAUCUCUUGCCUCAGUUUAUUAAAUGGUUUCCGGGAUAUCUGUCGAACUUAGAUUUUCUGUAGGAUAGACUGGGCGGUUGUUAGCAGUUUGAAUAGUAAAUGAAGAGUCAGCUUUUGGUCUGCUAAAAGAUUAUUCACAAAACUAAUCAUACAUUCUUAGAUUUGUCUCUCUAAGAACUCUAGUUUUCUGAAUUUGUAACAGUUUAAACAUCAAGGUAUUCCUACUUUUGACUUGAAUAUUUUCUUUAACAGCGAGGGCAUGGCAAAAAUGCCAUUUUAAUCUAAAAGAUAUGUUUACAACCAUUUAAAACUGUGAGGCCUUUUAUCGAACAAACGGACUGUAUUUUGUGUUUCAAAAGCCAGGGUGCAGGAUGAUGAGCCUCGGGAACUCAGCAGUGUUAAUUUGCCACUUGUGCAGCACCUAACCCCGAGGUGCCGUACCCCCGAGGCCCACGUUCCCAGGCAAGGAGCAGGCACGGGCAGAGCUCUGUGUGGCUGCCUGCUGCUGAAGCACUUGGCCGCUCUCUGCACCUCAAGAACACGCCAGCAGCUCCACGUGGUGGUAGGAGUCCCCUCUCUGCUGUGCCCUGUGUGAAAUGCAGAGAAAUUUAAACCCAAUUCCAAAGAAUGUUACAUAUGUUGUCAUUUACAUGCAGGUUGUUUUUAUUUGGGAGUAACGUGCUCAAGAAUUUAUUGUGUGAGUUGAGAAAGUUAGCUUGAGGUCUAAGCUGAACUUUGUUGGUUUUUUUUUGAGAUGCUUGUCUGUACUGUAUGUUCAGAAAUUUUGCUAUAAAGGUUGCUAUAAGUUUAUAUCAUGACAGUACUUUUACAUUGACUUUGUUUCAUUUACAUCCUGUACAGGAUCAACCUUGCUGAAACAUAGAAAUGCACUAAGUCCUACAAACAUAAAUCUUUAAGAGAGUUCAAAUUGGAAAUUCACAAUGUUUUUCUCUGAACGAGUGUGGGGGAAAAGCCAUCUUCUUAAUUUUUUGCACUACCAGAGUUAAGUAUUUGCAGCUCAUCGUGCUUCUUAUGCCUUGUGAUUGUUGUUGUCUGGCCUUCAGGUCAGGUUUUUCCUAGAAAUAAUUUCACUGAUUUCAGUAAGUUUUCCCAUUAUUUUGCUAAGACCUAAUUAAUGCUAUGCUGGCUGUAAGCAUCUCUGUCACCAGCAGUGGACGAUGUAACUGGGUUAAAUUUCUUGUUUAUAAAUACUUUUCUGUGGGAGGAUUUUUACUGGACAUACUGAUUUUAGAUCUGUAAAUAGAUUUUUUUUGUGUGUGUAUUUGUGAUAUUACUUAAAUAUAUUUUGCUGGUUUGGAUGCUCAUUUCCAUUUUGUGCUUGUUUUAUCACUUCAAAACUUUCCAAAAUCUGUGCGCCCUCUUGAAUUACAUCUGCGGGCUUUUUGUGUGUGUGUACAGCAUGUUUCUAUGUAUUUUUUUAGUUAGAAGAUACAACAACGAUUUCUAAAAAUACUCUAAGUAUUAUCUGUAGUUUAACAGUUUAACAGAAAGGAUAAAUGUUUGCUUAAAUUAUUAACA